AUGUCGGAGAAAAAGGGCGUCCCCGGCGCCGAGAGCGUGGUCUCUGACACAGAACGCGGGACUGGCCUCGUAUUGCCGAAGAAGAAUAUAUUAGGGGAUUUAAUCCACCGACGAAAUGAUCUUAACGACCUGGGCAAAGACAUGCUGCAGCAAUCGCUGCAAUACGACCGGGCGCAACUCGAAGCGGACGCCGUAAAAGUCCGAUGGAAGUUGGAUCUCUUGGUGCUUCCCAUGAUGAUGAUCACAUAUAUGUUAUCAUUCCUCGACAAGCAGACCCUCAACUACUCGAACGCAUAUGGCUUACAAGGGGACACGAAGAUGACUGGGGACGAUUACUCCUGGGUUGCAUCAGCCGUGUACUUCGGUUGGCUCUGCGGAGCGUGGCCGUGGAACCUAUUGCUACAACGCGUCGCCAUCGGAAAACUAGUUGGUGGGAUGUUAUUCGUCUGGGGGGCUGUCUGCAUGCUCCAAGCCGCGGUCUUUAAUUUCAGUGGCUUCUUUGCCGUCCGAUUCUUCUUAGGCAUGCUUGAGGGUUGUAUCUCGCCUGCUUGGGUGCUCCUAACUUCGAUGCUAUGGACUCGUCAAGAGCAAUCCUUGAGGAGUUCCAUUUGGCUGUGUACGAACGGCUUAUCAAACAUUCUUGGAGCUCUCCUAGCUUACGCCUCGGGCGUUGCUGACGGUUUGGCGAUAGCACAAUGGAAGUUGAUAUUCCUGAUAGUCGGCGCUCUCACGUUUGUAUGGGGAUUUGUCAUCUUACUCUAUCUCCCCGAUGGACCACACAAUGCAAAAAUGCUGACAGAGUAUGAACGUGCCGUUGCCGUCUGGCGUGUCUCCAACAACCAGAUUGGCCUCAAGGACGCGACUUUUCGACCAUACCAAGUCAAGGAGGCCCUACUAGACGGAAAAUGCUACUUGAUGUGGCUGACUGGAAUAGGACUCGGAAUACUCAACGGUGCUAUCACUACCUUCAUGUCCGCUAUAAUUAAGGGGUUCAACUUCGACGCGCUCAGAACAUCUCUGUUACAGACACCGGGAGGUGCGGUCCAAAUCGUUGCUUGUAUUUCACUAGGACUAUUCUCGCAACUCCCGAAUAUGGUGGGCGUAGCUAUCAUCCUUGGGUGCUUACCUGGUAUAGCUGGACUGGUAGGUAUCCUGACCAUUGAUAUCGAGCACCGGUAUGCGCUCGUCGCUAUGUGCUGGCUAGAAUUCGUCGUUGGAUCGCCCAUCGUUUUGAACUGGACAAUUCCUGGUCUCAAUGUAGCUGGGCAUACUAAGAGGAGUACUGUGAUAGGGAUUUAUUUCGUCUGUUUCGUCGUUGGAAAGUAA